AUGUAUGCACUGGGGAUACCGCAUUCUGAGUGUCUGUCUAUGAAAAACAAAACGUUUGCAGCACUUUUACGCAGUUUGUUUCUAAUAAGAAUAACGAUUUUCGUUGAGGUUCGUAUCCUGUAUGAAUUGGCACAGUGUUGCGCUCAGAUCGCCAACAACGACCUAUGCGAGCUCUAUGUUCAAAGCGAGGAAGGCGUGUUCCUCGUCCAUAAGGAAGCUGGAGAACCACGUAAGAUCAAGUGUCGAAAGGAUUUUCGAAAAAUCCAUUUUGGAAUCUGUGCAAUACAACUUACCAGCCAUGUUAUUGGAGAAAUCCAUUUUAACUCACCCGUUUCGGAGCGAGACAAGCAGAUCAUUAACGUGAUUUGCACGUGGGUGGCUGCUGAACUUGAGCGUACUGGAAGCAGUUCGGAAGUGUUUGCACGACAACGUCGUCUGAAUUCAUUCUUGUUGGACGUCGCUAAAAGUAUCUUUCAUGACAUUGUUUCUAUGGACACUGUUAUUAUUAAAGUUAUGAAUUUUGCUGCCAGGCUUGUUGAUGCCGAUCGGGCGUCACUCUUCCUUGUCGAUAACAAAAAUCAAGAACUCUAUGCCCGAAUCUUUGACGUUGGUCGAGAAGGAGAGGAAUCGGAAAGAAACAACAAGGAAGAACACAAAGAGAUACGAUUCAGUAUGAAACGUGGCAUUGCUGGACAUGUGGCGUCAACUGGUGAAGGCCUGAAUAUCGAGAACGCUUACAAAGACCAUCGUUUUAAUCCAGAAGUAGAUACAAAAACUGGUUACACGACAAAAACGAUACUCUGUAUGCCGAUUUUUAUUCGUGGAAGCGUUAUCGGUGUUGUGCAAAUGGUGAACAAGCGUGAGGGUGUGUUUACGAAAGACGACGAAGACAGUUUUGAGACGUUCGCCGUCUAUUGUGGUUUAGCACUGCAUCACGCAAAACUCUACGAUAAAAUCAGACGGUCUGAACAGAAAUAUCGUGUGGCGCUCGAGGUUUUGGCCUAUCAUAGUGUCUGCAACAAGGAUGAAGUAGCGAAACUACAAAAAAUGGAGAUCAAGGACCGUAUUGAGGAACUGGAGACAGUGGAUUUCAAUUAUCUUCGUAUGUCGGAACUUGAAAAACCUCUUUAUGCGAUCGCUAUGUUCAAAGAACUAUUCCAGGAUAAAUUCCGCUAUGAUCGUGAUGAACUGAUUCGUUUUGUGCUGACUGUACGAAAGAACUAUCGUCGAGUCGCCUAUCAUAACUGGGCACACGGUUGGUCAGUAGCUCAUGCAAUGUUCGUCGUUCUGACACAAGCAUCCAAGGACAUCUUCACCACUCACGAGGCGCUUGCAUUAUACGUGUCGUGCCUGUGUCAUGACUUGGAUCAUCGUGGGAAGAAUAAUGCAUACAUGAAGACAAUGAUGACACCUCUAGCGAGUAUUUACACGACAUCAGUGAUGGAACAUCAUCAUUUCAAUCAAACCGUCACCAUUUUACAGCAGGAUGGCCACAACAUUCUGAAGUCGAUGACAUCAUCUGAAUACAAGCAGGUGUUAUCACUGAUUAAACACUGUAUUCUUGCCACCGAUUUGGCGUUAUUUUUCACCAACAAGGCCGAAUUGAACAAAAUUAUCGAUUCUGGUAUCUACGACAUCAAUAAUAAUCAUCAUCGGAAACUGACACAAGCGAUUAUGAUGACCGGAUGUGAUUUGAUAGCAUCGGCAAAACCAUGGUAUAUUCAGACUGAGACGGUUAAAGUCAUAUUUGAAGAGUUCUAUGAACAAGGCGAUGCUGAGCGCUUAAAUGGCCGCGAUCCAAUCCCGAUGAUGGAUCGUAACAAAGCACAUGAACUGCCACAAAUGCAGGUAGGAUUCAUGCGCGGAAUAUGUCUGCCAUGCUAUGAACUUAUUGCUAAGGUGCUUCCAGAGGCUUCAUUCUUGAGAGAUCAGUGCGAGCGGAGAUCCGAGUUGAUGGCCACAGUCGUUCGUCAUCUCGUUGUGCUUUCUUCGAAUCUUCUUCAGCGAGCACCGCUUGAAUAA